AUGGCGACGCCAUUCCAGGUCGAAGCCUGGACUGAGUACGCCAUUGGCAUGCUCGUGCUGCUGAUACGAAUCGUUUACCGGACGAGCAUUGUCGGGACCAAUUGGGAGGGUGAUGAUUACUUUGCCGUCAUUGCUGUCUUCUUCUGGACGUCAACUGACCCCUCUGCUUCUCAGGGCGAACUGGUAAUGCUAGAGUUGAUCGGUCAAUAUGGUAGCAUUACCGGAAUGAACGACGCGCUUGCUCUGACGCUCUCCGACCAGCAGAAAGAACGAAUCGUCAUCGGCAGCAAGUGUCUCGUGGCGGGAUGGGUGCUCUACGUCACCCUCAUCUGGUGCCUCAAGGCAUGCAUGCUGUUUCUCUACCGCCGGCUCACGCUCAACUUGCAGCAAAAGAAAAUGGUCCUCAUCACCGCCGUCGCCUGCGUCCUUUGUUAUGUGGCGACGAUCCUCGUGAUACUGACACGAUGCAUGCCGUUCCACAAAAACUGGCAGAUUUAUCCGUAUCCUGGAGAUGCCGUUGGCUCGUUCGUGGGCAUCCUAGCCGUCAACGCCCCGGUCCUGGGUCCCUGGAUCGCCAAAAAUGCCUCGGCCGUGCGGUCCCGGGCCUCGAAGAACCGCUCCAAGACGGGCGGCGACCCGGACUCGGCCAGUCACAUCGUGACGAUCGGCGCGAAAGAUAGCACCCACCGGCUCGAGCGCCUGGGAAAGGACGGCCGCUCGCUCAGGGGCCUGGGGUGGACCGAGAUCGGCAAUGAUAGCGAGGAGCGCAUCAUGGAGACGCAGAACGACGUGUCUGUGUCGGCGAAGCGCUCGGACGAGGUGGUGGGAAACGGCCCUACUAUCCACGUCAAGACCACGUUUGAGGUUUCUAGGUUGGCGUAG